AUGCCCGACAACGACCCUUCCCUUGCUAGCAAUAACGGCUUCGUCUCGACUCCAACCAAGGCCAAUACGGGUAGCCUUUCAUAUGAGGGCGGAGUGGCGUCUUCUACUGAAGAUUCUAGUGAUCGAUCGGAGGGAAGCGACCAGAGUGCCACGAAGGACGCUGUCGAUCACAAAGCCGAUAAAGAGCACUACGGCUAUCGCGCCAUCGAGAGAUCUGAUGAGUUCCGGUACACUUUUGAGAUCCCUGGCGUUUUCCCCAAAAACAAACUGGGCCUGCCCAUUGCUCCAGUCCAUACAUUGAAUUUUGCUGCGUUGGUCAGAAGCGUUGGAGAGAUUCGCGAUGAAUACAAGGACAAGGUUGAUGCUUCCAAGGAGCCGGUAGACUUGAUCAAACAUGCCUGCGAGAACUUUCUGGGGCAGUACAAGACAGCUAAGGACUUGCCUUUAAGACAUGAGCUAGUCACGGUGGACACACACUAUGAGUUACGAAGCAUUAGCAGCGAUCAAGUCUACUAUUACCACGGAAAGCUCUUUGGUGACCUUUUUGAAAUACGUUACAAGUCUGGAAGUACAAUUAGCUGCCCAGAUCGGAUUCAAAUGACACGCGAUGUAUAUGAUAAGAUAUAUGAUCGGAAUAACGAACCUACAUUCCAUGCGUCCUUCUGUGUGUCUCUAUAAAUGAACGUGUACGGAUAGAAAUACAAGGGGUGUAUUUGAGGAACGGGAACAAGGGUCGAAAUCACAGCUGCUUGAGACGCAGGAUCAAGUUGACCAGGACGGAAGCGACCAACACCGCGCAGAGGAACGUGGGACCAUAAGGGUCGUGGUAGUUGCCCGCAUCACGUCGUCGCAGUUUGAAGACCCGCCAGGUGUACAUCCCUGCGGCGUAAGCAAGGGAGAGCAAGGCGGUCAGGGUGAACAUGCCCGCCGAGAUGAGGCCGAUCCGGUCGGUUGGCUCGAUAAAGUUGAGCAAGGUGGUGGCGAUACCUCCGAUCAGGAUACCAAAGUGUAACCACUAUGAGCGUCAAUUUCCGAAAGUCAGCUUUGCUUUCGCACAUGUGACAGAGAUGCACCAAGUACUGACCUUGAGGAAGGUUCGCUCAUUUGCAAAGAUGACCUGUAGACGUGAAAC